AUGAACAGACAAGUACACAACAAUCCACCGGCCAGAACAGUGUAUCUGGGAUCAAUACCUUAUGACCAGACCGAGGAACAGAUUUUGGAUCUGUGCUCGAACGUGGGGCCUGUCGUGCAUUUGAAGAUGAUGUUUGACCAGCAAACGGGGAAAUCCAAGGGCUACGCUUUCGUGGAAUAUAGAGAUUUGGAGGCCAGUGCCAGUGCGGUGCGUAACCUCAAUGGCUACCAGCUGGGAAAUAGACAUCUGAAAUGCGGUUACUACGGUGGAGGUGACUCUGGCUUAGGUAGCGGCUCGGGAAUCAGCGGAAACGGUGCUCCAGCGGGGUCCCUUGGCGACGAUGACAAGAAUCCUGCAUUUUCAGGGCUGCCGUUGGGCGUGGACGUAAACGUCAACAUGACAACACCGGCAAUGAUGAUUUCCAGCGAACUCUCCAAGGGCUCAAAAGAAGAUCAGCUGGGCCUGCUGAGGGACCUGCAAAAAAUGUCGCAGAACAACUCUGAGCUGUUCACAAGCCUGCUGGAACAAUUUCCACAGCUCAGUUUUGUCGUGGCCGAACUUUUGUUAACGUCGGGAAUUAGCACAGUAGACGACCUGACGCAACUGGCAGUGCAGCACAAUACAUCCAGUGGCUCCCCUGCCACUCCCCAAGACCUACAAGCGCAAGAGCAACAGAAGGAAUUGCUCAGACAAGUACUGCAACUUUCAGACAGCGAAAUCGGCGUUCUUCCCGACGACGAGAAAAUGUCACUGUGGGAGCUUAAACAGAAAGCAAUGCGGGGGGAGUUUGGCAUGAUAUGA